UUUUGUUAUAGACCCUCAGAGGCGCUACUCGUUCUGGAGUUUCACAGUGGGCGGCACUAUGGUCUGGUUAUCCAUGUACGGAGCCAAUCAAGCUCAAGUGCAGCGUUACAUAUCAUGCCAGACUGAGAAACAAGCCCAACUGGCGCUGCUGGUUAAUCAGGUGGGUCUGUGUUUGAUUGUGAGCAGUGCAGCCACAUGUGGCAUUGUGAUGUUUGCUUUAUACUCCAGCUGUGACCCACUGAAGACCGGCAGAAUAUCUGCUCCUGACCAG